CUGCAGCUAACCCGACGGUGACCUGACUGGACUGCGUGUAGUACUGUUUGACUUUGACUAAUUGCUUUGAAGAAAACAGUAGUAGGAUGUACUUUGUUUGUGAUGCUGUGUUUCCUCCGUAGCGUCAGCGUUGCAUGCGUGCUGUGUUUUCAGGAGUAAAAAUGCAUUGCUUAGAGUUGGUCAGUGUGACCUGAGGGCAACUGGUGGAUCAUGUCACCAGUGGAACUUCAGUGGAGGCCACUUUGUGGUAUGCCAGUAAAGUGGAACCUCAAAAGUCGAACACAAUCCAUUUCAGAAUGCUGAUCGGCCUCUAUUAUAAUGGAUCGCGAAUAUAAUCUGUUCUAUAAAACCAUUACAAAUUCUGAAAAAAAAAAAUGGUUUUGAGGAAUGCAAAACAAGAUAUACAGUCACACAAGCGUAAAAAGAAGUGCACCUAUUAUACCUCCUAUGAUUUUUACAGUCAAAUUGAUCCAUUUUAAAGUUAUAAAAUGUAAUCAAAUGAAAAGCUUUAACCUUCCUGUUAUGUUGCGAGUCAAAGUGACCAAAUUUAAAGUACAAAAAUUAGAUUAAAGUACCAUUUAAACAUUUUCAACAGUCAUACAAGUAUAAAAAGAAGUCGGCCUGUUCCUCCUCCUAUUUUUUUGUGGGUCAAAUUGACCCAUUUUAAAGUUAAGUCAGAUUUUUUUGCCCAAUGUGACAUGCAUCAGAUUUGUUCAUGUCAAUUCCAUUUUUUCCAAAACCGACCGAUGCUUCUAUCGCAUCUGCGUAUGAAUCGGACACGUAUCCUAUGCGAGUGCAGUGCAUCAAAAUGCAAAACAGACAAGCUAUGGCGGAUGAUGGCGCAAAAAAUAGUUAGUGGUGAAAAGAAGAUUCUGUAGAACUGAUAAAGCACCAAAUUCCUGUCAAACUGCCACAAACGCGUCAGGGCGCGGGGCCACAUUUACUUCCGUAAACACACGGUGCCUCGUUUUUGUGCGAAUGCGCAACGUGACGUCCUGUUUUGUGCGCAUGCGUGUCACUUCACGGAGCCCAGUAGAAGUCGUAUUUGUUUUUGGAAUGUGAACAUAAAAAGAUCGAACCUAACAAGGAAUCCGAAUUGGGCAUCAUGCCCUGCAGUGUGAACAGAGCCAAUGUUUUAAUCAAUCAAUUUUAAAGCUAUAAUCCGUGAUUUCUGGCGCCUCCGUUGUGUCGAUAUGGCGUAGGUUGUGCCAAGUCCAACUGACCCCAUCUCCCCCUCUCCCAAGACAUAAACAUACAUUUCUGGGUUCCCCUUAAACCAGUCAAAUAAUGUACAUUAGAACGUAAACAUAUUAUUGUCUUUUACAACAAUACUUAAAACUAUAUUUAUAAUGUACCUGUGGAUAAAAAAAAAACAAAGCGCCCACGCGUACACGGGCGGUAUACGUACGUACGUUUGUGCCUGUCACCGGCUGUUCAAAUAAGCGAGCAUCUUUUCAAAUACUUCAUCGUCCUGAUUCUGUAGCAACCCGCUUUUUCCAACGGCUCCUUGAAAAGAGGUAGAUGUUGUAAAUUUGUGCAAUUUUUUAUUGUUUACGUUUAAACAGUAAUUAUUGUACGACUAUUUUAUGCCCCAGAAACGCAAAAUAAUAUUUUUGCCCAUUGCUGUGCAAAAUCCCUAAUGUCCGUGCCGUCCUUUCCUUCUACGUCAUUUUCGGUGCGCCACCAACUGGGCCAACGCGGAAAAUGAAUUGGGAUUGACCAUAUAAAAAAACAAACGAAAUAAAAAUAAAUGAAGAAUACAGCAAGAUGUUCAAGGAGCUGACAGGCUUAAUCAGGAUUUUGUCAUCUCCUCUAGUGUUGGCUUGGGUGAAAAGAAAUAUAUUUCUUGAACAAAAAAAGUCGUGGAUUCCAGCUUAAACUGUCAUGAAAAUGUAACAAGAAUCUAAUUCCCACCCUCCUCUUAUGUUGAUCCAACUGACCCUUUUUAAAGUUAAAAAAAACAAAUUUAAAAAGAAAAUUUUAUCCUUCUGUUGGUUUACAUUUUUAGUUAUACAACUGUGAAGGAGUUUUGAAGUUGAAUGUUCCACUGUUGUGUUUUCUAUAUUGUAGUAAAUGAAGAACAUGAUCACUUGCAAACCGACAAGUUAAGAAACAGUGCAGCAUCUGUUGUCUUCAUUGCAUAGCCUUAAACUGGCUGCUCAGUGAAUCCUCACCAGCAGGAGCUGCACUUUGUUUGCAUGUAAAAAAAAAAAAAAAAGACAGUAGAAGCCAUCUGCACACACGUGCUGGACAACUUCUUGCUCGACUUGGGCCUUUUUCUCCUGACUUUGUUUUUUUUCCCCCCCUCCUUUUUGUGUGUUAUGUAACCGUCCGCGCGUGGCUUGGUAGUAAUUUUCUGGCACGAUGUAUCCGCAAACAUCCCCUGCGCCAUGCAUCACUUGCUCAGAUUAGCCAGUGGGCAUGGAGCCCCCCAUGCUUGGCUACUGCAGGAAUGCACAAAGUGGCUGCAUUCGGGCUGACAUGGUAGCAGAUGGGGUGUGAAGGUCAUUUAGAGUAUGCGACAGCACGUUCGUUUAUUGUAUAUACGCUUUAAAUGUUGUAUACUGGUUUAAAGAUGCAUGCGGCGAUCGCGGCUCUCUUGGUAAUUCGCUGUGACAGUCACACAAUCUGAAGAGCUGAUCGGUGAUCUCACGUUCUAUUUUCAGUCUUUUUAUGGCUAUGGCUUGCUUCGUUUCACCGUUAACAAGGAACCGCCUGGUUUUAAUGAACCUGUAGCUCCCUCUGUAAUUGGGUCAACUUUGCACGAGAGGCUCCUUCGCCCUCGGGUUGAUGAGUUUCAUCGGUGAUUAUAAAUAAUUGGCCGGCUGCACAUAAAAGUCAUCUUUUGGACUGGCCGGUAGAAUGUGCAUGAGGUUCAGGUGCGUCUUUUGGGUCAAGGGUGACACACUGAUCGUGGUUUCUAUUAGGCAUCAUGCCCCUUGUCCCGUACUGUUCUGUACUCGUCUAAUUGUUUUGUAAUGUGAGCAUAAAUGUUCAAAAUAAUAACGUUUGAAAAAUCCAACUUUUAUUUGUAUUUAUUUCAGCAAUAUCAUGGCACUAUAAUGGUACAUGCUGCUGCCUUUUGUGCAGACGACGCAGGUUGAAUUCCCAGCCAAUGCUCCAAAACCCAGCUACCUCCAGUCCCAAGCCCGAGUAAAAAAACGGGUGGGUUGCGUCAGCAAGUGCAUUAAAAAAAAAUAAUAAUAAAUACCGUGCCAAACAAAUCAUGCGAGUGACUCGUUGUGGCAGCCCCUAAUGGGACAAACCCAAAGUCACAAAAACAACAUUUCAGUAAUGUUGUGUCAAUACUGAUAAUCCAGAUUAUUUUGGUCAUGAUAAUUGUGUUUUGAAAUGUUCAGUUUCAUCUCGAAAAAUGUACAAUGAAACAUGUAAAGACAUUCUUCAAAAUUGAUUAAAUAAAACUUUAGAGAGCAAAUUGAACAUCUAUUGUUUACAGUGGCAAAAGACUAAGUGGUCAAAUAAUCUUGAUUUUGUAUUAAGGGCAAGAAGGAGUGCAGUAAAGUGUGCUGUUGAUAUUUAAAAAAAAAUAAAAAUAAAAAAUGUUUCUUCCAGAGUAGUCCUUCAAUUGCAAAUUCAACAUGUAUCAAAUCAUAUAUUAUUGUUUUAUUGCUGUUCUUGAAGUCAUUGUUUUAGUUAUUGUCUGUCUGACUGUGUUACCACCAGCUCUCCCUGUCCUUUCUAUGGAGUGUGGUGCAAUGGGGCCUUCUGCCCCAAGUUGCCAGGGAAACAGCAUAAUGAGCCUAGCUUGCGUUUUAGCUUUAUUUGGCAAAAGUAGCCUCUUUUACACCAGCCAUCUACACUCCCGGUUUGCUGUCCUGUGUUUAAGGUACCGUUAAAGAUUAAAGGGUUGAAGUUCACCUAGACAUUUGACCACCCGCAGCUGGAAAGUCACCAGCCGUGACAAGAUUGGGAAAUUUAGCGCCGACGACUCACUGUUUGGGCUCUAUUUUAGUGAACGGCAUAAAUCCUGCGUGCGGUGUAACUCUGCCCCACAGGUGGCUUAGACCAGCGUAGUCGCAUUUGUGUUGCUGUAUCAGUCGGGGACCUGGCAGUCAUAGUAACAGGGGGGAGGUGGGUUCUCACGUAGCUUCAUGGUGAAUAAGCUCCUGAGGCGGCCCCCCCGGGCUGCAUGACUACUUGGCAUUGGGGCUCCCCUCUCAUGACCCACGGCUACUCCCUGGGUCCCCCCCUUAUCGUUCCCUUGUCGGGUGCCCCUAUCGGCCCUCCUUUCCAACAAACAAGGGACACACUCCCGCCCUCGGGCCGGCCAGGGACUGGCUGCAUCGUGUGCCCUGCAGGUUGGGGGUGGACCCCUGUGCUCGAUCCCACCCCUCGAUUGAUUGGGACCAGAAGAAGAACUACAAAGCGGUGCAAUCCUGCGAGGAGGGGGGCUCUGGGGGGGGCUAUCUGGAGCCGCUAGUGGCCCUGGCCCAGAACGGCGCCAACAUGCACAACGUACUGGGGCCCGCGUGCAUCUUUCUUCGCAAGGGCUUCGCCGAGAGCCGGCAGGCUGACCGAGAGCUGCGGCCAGAAGAAAUGGAUGAGCUGCGUGAGGCCUUCAAGGAGUUCGACAAGGACAAAGACGGCUUCAUCGGCUGCAAAGACUUGGGCAACUGCAUGAGGACGAUGGGAUACAUGCCCACAGAGAUGGAGCUGAUCGAACUUAGCCAGCAGAUAAACAUGAAUCUGGGCGGACAUGUUGACUUUGAGGACUUCGUUGAGCUCAUGGGGCCCAAACUUCUCGCUGAGACUGCAGACAUGAUCGGCGUGAAGGAGCUGCGUGAUGCUUUCAAGGAGUUUGACACCAAUGGCGACGGUCAGAUCAGCACAGCAGAACUCAGAGAAGCAAUGAAAAAGCUUUUAGGACAACAGGUGGGUCACAGAGAUCUGGAGGACAUUUUACGAGACAUAGACCUCAAUGGAGAUGGACAUGUGGAUUUCGAAGAAUUUGUGCGGAUGAUGUCUCGAUGACUUGAGAGUGGACGGCUGACCUUUUUUGAGAGUGAAAAAUCAUAUCAAGUCCGCUCUGAAACUGCAACGCUGGAGCACAAUGGCUGACGAGCACCGCCCGUCAACACUGUUGGGUGUAUUCUCCUGACCUUUCUUUGAACACAAACCCAUUUGUUUGGAUUAUAAACCUUUUUGAUAUGAACAAUAAGUACAUUUCCUUCUGGUAUGGUUGGUGCUAAUGUGCUUGUUGAGUAAUCCAAUCUGACAAUACCAUUCAACGUGUAGCGAUUUAGACGAUGUCAUCCACUGAGACCCUACGAGAGCAUAUGUACUCCCUCAGCUGCUAGUAAAAACCAUGGAGGAGAUUAUCUCAGGGGUUUUUUCUAGGUUAUACAGCCACACCCCCAGUGGAAUUGGUGAGAAGCACUAUGCGAUAUUAAGGGGGUGGAGAAGAGGAGAGGAAGUCUUAUUGCAGAAUAACCAAUAGAUGGUUCAAGCCUGAAGCACUCAUACCAUAUGGAAAUAUGGACAUUUCUAUGUGGUCUUGUGUUUUUUGUGCUUAUUGUUAUUUCUCCUCCAGACUGUAGAUAUUUCAUGUUGCGCUGUCAUUGAACACACUUCACUGUAAGUCUGAAAUGCCAUGUAGCAAAGACAGUUCUCUGGGUUUAAUGAUGUCAUAUUAUUGUGAAAUCUGUCUUUUUAUGUGUGCAUUAAGAUAUCCUCAUGUUUCACAGUGCAUAUAAACAGUCUACACACCCCUGUUCAAAUGCCAGGUUUUUGUGAUACAAUAAAAUAAUGAAACAAAGACAAAUAAUGUCUAAACUAUUAGGGAACUAGGACCUUAGUCAAAGUAGAAGAAAAUAUGAACAGUUCCAAAUAACAGUCAGUAUUAGUACAAUGACUUCCGGCUUCUACUGGAAAGCAAAAAAAAAAAAAAGUCAUGAAAAGACUAUGAGAACAGAUUUUGGGGGGGUUAAUCAGAGGCACAUUAUAUGGUGGUACAGUUGUGUGAUGACUCGCAUUUAACAUGCGUUUGAAUGUGAACACAGCCACAUCCCCACUUACAAAGAGGGUGUGCACACUUGUCCAACCACGUUAUCUCAGUUGUUUCUUUCUACUUCCCCUCUCUAAAAAAAAAAAAAUAAAUCAAUUGAAUUUUACAGGUUAUAGGUCACACUAAUGGUGGAAAAGGUUUGGAAAAUUAUUUAUCUUGGGUUCCUUUUUUUUAUUAAAUCACAAACAAAAUGGCAAACAGGGGUGUGUAGAGUUUUUAUACCCACUAUAUCUAUGUACAGCUCAUCUGAUGGUCAUUUUAAACAUUCCAUACUGAUUCUGAAUAUCCUUGUGCAUGAUUAUCCAGAUUUUUUUAUUUUUAUUCGAUGAUACUAUUUUUUUUAUAAAUAUACUUUAUUGUUGGUUGUGUUUUCUGCAUUCCUGAAAGCAUUUAUAUUAAAUGUAUUACCUCAAAGUACACACAUGGUCAAAAUUGUUGAUAAAACCCGCAAUGGUCAGUGUAGUCACUUCAAAAUUGAUAUUGACAAGCCACAAAGUUUCUGCAACUCAAAUCAAUACUAUUUUAUUGACACAAGCAAAAAUGAAAAGAACACUCUCCCUACUGUGAAACACGCAGGAGGCACUGUUAUAUUUUGUGGUUGCUUUGGCGCAGGGUGUCUUGAAUCUGUGAAGGUGAGGGACGCUACGAGGGAUUUCAAUGCUUCAAAUUAAAAAUACCAUUUUCUAGGGCCCCAGGAAAGUCAUGGGCCUUUAAAUUCAUCAUCACCUUUCUCACUUCCGGGUGCAGCAUACAAUGAAAUCUCAACUGUCAACUGUCACAGUGUCUGAAAGUUUGGUCUCACAUAAUGACACAAAACACGUUUGGUUUUUAAGUUCUGUUAGACCCCAAAAAUAAAGCUGUGUCUGAUUUUCAUUAGAUUUUUAAUUUGUAGUUACUUUUUUUGUUAUUAUUUUUUAUUUAUUUUGUAAGUUUCAAGUUAGUUCAGUGACCAUGGUGGCUUUGUGGUUUGGACAAUUAACCUCAUGCAUCAACUGGCCCCAUUCAGUAUAAUCUGUUAUUUAUUUAAAUUAAGUGUUCUCGACAUAUCAAUAAAGGAGCAGUAUUUGUUUCUUUAUGCACAAAAGCCAAAGAAAGUUGACAAAACUAUAAUUUGACAUUGACUAAAAUACAAGGUAUGGAGGACUUUUAAUGAAAUAAAAAAGGGAGACUGUUUAUAAAUGUGCAUGCCAAGUGGAUAUCCAAGCUCUAAAGGGAAUUCACAUACUUGUCAUAAAUGUGUGAAAACUAUGCAUGCCAAAAGCAAUUUGUAGCAGAUUUUAUGAUCGAAUAAAAGUUUUUAUGACAUGAA